AUGCAACAUAUGUAUGGAAAUAGUAGUAAUGAAAAUUUAUCAUUACAACGCGAUAAUGAAGUCUAUGGUCAAUCGUCGCAUUUUACACAAAAUUCUUUACAAUCUCAUGUGCAAUAUCAACAUGAAAAUCAAUCAAUUUCGCCCCAACAAUCUUCUGCAAGUGAUAUUGAUGAAGCAUCACCAACACCAUCAUCUUCACUCAAUCGAACAAAUAAUAUAGUACCAAAUAAAAUAGUUAAAAAAAAGAAACAAACAAAAAAGAAACGUAAAGAUCCUAAUGAACCUCAAAAGCCUGUCUCGCCAUAUGCAUUAUUCUUUCGUGAUGCACAGAAUGAUAUAAAAAAGAAAUUAUCUAAUCCUUCAUUUGGAGAAAUCUCCAAAGUUGUCGCACAUAUGUGGGAAAAUAUUGAACCGGAAAUAAAAGAACAAUAUAAACGUAAAGCAGCUACAGCUAAAAAAGAAUAUCUUAAACAAUUAGCUGCAUAUCGUGCUGUUCAAAUUUCACAUCAAACACCUAAUAUGUCUCAUUUUCUUCAUCAAACUUCUUUACCAUUUAAUUCACUUCAACAUCAACAAAAACCCUAUCAUACAGGAUCUGUAUUACCUACCAAUCAUCCUCAUCAUCAUAAUAAUAAUAAUCAUUCUUUCCAUCAAUUCUGUCCAUCAUCAUCAUCUACUCAACAUCAAACACAAUCCUAUAAUAAUUUUCAUUAUUUAAAUACAUUUCCUCAAGAUAAUUCAAAUGUAUAUCAUGCUGAUCAUUCAAAUUAUUUCUCGAAUCAUUCUCAUCCAACAUAUUCAUCCUAUGAUUCAAACAAUAAUUAUCCUGAUUAUCAUCAAUAUGGUUUACUUCGACCAGCUAUUGAAUCGGAACAUUAUUCAUCUUAUUAUUCUCCAUUAUCCAUUGAUAAUGAACAUAUAAAAACCAAUGAAAAUUUAUUACAUAAUUUAAAUAAUAAUACACCACAUUAUACAGAUCUUACUUCUAUGACAAAUGGACAAGUUGAUAAACAUUAUGAUUAUGUGAAUAAUAUUCAUCAUGGUUCAAAUGAAAGAAAAGAUGAUCAUUCAUCAUUAGUAUCAGUUUCUAAUGAAAAUAAUUUUUAUUGGAAUCAACCAACAUGUUUAACCACACAGUGGUGA